CGCGUCUUUCUCUUCCUGAUAAAGGAAGUACUUAAAGACUGAAGCUGUCAGUGAUGUGAGCCACUGCUUUUCAGUAGCUCAGCCGGACUCUGAUCUCACCAUGUUCAUCCACUGUGAGCUGCUAAUAGCGAUACUUGUGCUGACUCUUGAUGGUCGAGUUCAUGCAGGUGAAAUCAUUGGAGGUCAUGUGGCUGUGCCGCACAGCAGGCCAUACAUGGUGCUUUUGUACAUGUACAAGGACAAUGGUACACUUACCCACUGCGGUGGCUUCCUUCUGAAUGAGGAUUUUGUGAUGACUGCAGCCCACUGCAAAGCCGAGUCCUACGAAGUCUUACUAGGAGUUCACGAUGUCCAGAAUAGUAAUGGAAAAAAGCGUAUAUCUGUGGCACAAACAUUUCCACACGAAGACUUCAAUGCAAAUGAUUUCAGAAAUGACAUAAUGCUUCUCAAGUUGAGCUCCAAGGCAAAGUUCACCAAAAAUGUGAAACCCAUUGCUCUGGCAGACAAAGAUGAUGUCUCUCUGCCAAAACCAUGUCUAGUGUCCGGCUGGGGAAGAACAAAGACACAAAACAUCUCUUCUCUACUCAUGGAGGUCGAUGUCACACUUAUUGACGACGAGCAGUGUGCUGAGCACAACUGCUACUGCUCUAUGGGAGAGACAGGAGUGGGUCAUGGAGACUCUGGUGGCCCACUGGUCUGUGAAGAUGAAAAGGCGUACGGUGUGGUGUCCUUCGCGGCCGAUCCAUCCGAUCCACGCUUAGGUGCCCCGAAAGUCAAUUGUUUUAUGAAGAUUCCUUACUACAGAAGCUGGAUCAAUUCCACCAUGACCAAAGCUCUGAUGCACGUGACGAUUAAUUGAUCAAAUCCCGGCAUUUAAAUUCACUGUUUGCAUAAAAUUGGGCAGCUGAUAAUUGAGAUGCUAAUAUCACAACGUAUGCUAUUGCAAUGAGAGUGUCCAAAGUCUGCACUUCCUCGCUUUACACAGAUUUAUAUCUAUUGAUGUCAGAUACUGUAUCCUGCUCUUAAAUACAACAUUCUAUGCAUUAAAUAAA